AUGUGCGAGUCUCAGCUCGGCCGGCAGAGCUCUCCGAGUAACGCCGUGAAGAACACGGGCUUUCCUAGAGUGCAGGAAAGGACAAUGAAUGUGUCCAACAACUGCAGCACCACAAAUCUAGAACUGCAUCACCAUGUUCGCCUCAUUGAACUUGCUCUGUAUAGCUUCAUUUUCUUUUUUGGAGCACUAUUUAAUGUCCUUGCCUUCUGGGUGUUCUCCUGCAAGAUGAAGAAGUGGACAGAAACCAGGGUGUAUGUAAUGAAUUUAGUGUUUGCAGAUUUCUCUGUCAUCUGCACCUUGCCUUCCAUGGUUUAUUUGCUGUGGAAUGAGUCAGCCCGAGGGCAGCUGUGCCAGUUUACAGAGAUGAUGUAUUUUAUCAACAUGUUAGUGAGCAUCUACAUCAUCUCAUUCAUCUCCAUGGAUCGGUACAUUGCCAUAAAGCACCCUUUGAGGGCCAGGACCUUCAGGUCCCCGACAAAGGCUGCGCUCAUCUGUGGGCUCCUGUGGCUCUUGGUGAUCAGCAGUGCCACCAUCCAGCUGUGGCAGAGACACUCAGCUCUCUGCUUCCAGACCCACAGCCCCACGCCUGCUGCUCUCAGCCUGCUGACCAUUUUCUUUGUUUUCAUUCUCCCAUUAGCAAUCUUGACCUUCUGCUCCACAGAAGUCAUCAGGAACCUCAAGAAACAUCUGAACACGAACUCAGCGGAGGAGAAAUCCAUCCAGAAAGCUGUACACAUUAUUUAUGCAAAUCUGAUUGUAUUUCUGAUCUGUUUUCUGCCAGCCUGCCUUGGGCUGCUUGCCACGUUCAUCAUGGAGAGAGUUGGAGUUACCUGUUUCCUGCUCUGUGUCAUGAACAACUUCUCCUCCGUAGUGAGGUGCAUUGCCACAUCCAACUGCUGCCUCGACAGUGUCUGCUACUACUUUGUCACCAAGGAGUUCCAUGAAGCCUUUCUGUGGCCCAAAGCCAGCACUCAAAAACCAGAGACAACCCACCCCUUGCAGAUAGAGACUUGCUAAAGGAAAAGGGGGAACAAAACCCACCCACAACAUUUGCAACACAGAGAGGAAAUACAGAUUCACGGCUAUUGGGAUAAGUUUAAGUUUCUCUUUUUCUCUAGCAAAUUCUUUGUUAGGUUUAGAAAUUUGUACUCUAUGUUUUUACUAAACAAAUAGGUCACAGAGAUGUGUAGAAGUGUGUGUGUAACUGCUUGUUGUUAACAUGCCUCCAUUCCACCCUCCAGCACCCACUUGUUUCUCUCAAAGGAAGACAGGUGAGCCAUGAUUCUCUUUUAGUUCCUUCUGCAGCUAAAAUCUAUUGAUCCUUCUUGCCAACAUGUACAGAUGUACAUAUCAUAUUUUACCUCAUUGUGCAUUUCAGGUUGUCUGCAUUAUUAAACUAAUCCAGUUUACAUUUAUCCCAUUCCUUUGGAAGGUAGAGUGGCUGUUCAGGAGGUUCUGGCAUAUUAUCAAGUACAUGUCCCUACAAAACAGCCUAGGCUGUCCUGACCUUCUUCCCCUUCAUCUCAACAGGCCAGACAGGUGUGAAGGAGCACUUUUGGGAUGAAAGCAACACUUGUCAGUCCAGAUCUCAGAGCUGAGUCCUCCUUCCCUGCAGAGUCCUGGCCCAGAGACACCUCCCCAGAGCAGCCAUCCCUCCCUCCAGGGCUGUUCCUCUCACACAGCAAAGCCAUUUGACUGCUGCCUCGGCAAUUGCCACCCUUUUGCUGUGCCCUGGUUUGUGUUGUGGCACCAGGCUCACCCCCAGGGUCACCACAGCUCAGGCUCAGAGAAUUCUCUGCAGGUGAACCCAGCUGGGGCAGGGUGUCCACAGCCUGCCCACAUUGACACCCCUAACAUUUCCAUCAGGGAAGUGUGUUUUUCCAUGAGUCAACAGCCUAGAAAAGUCAAGGGAGAGAGGAAGUCAAUAAAUGCUUCCUAGAAGAGGGCUUUUUUUUUUAACUUUCUGAAUGUUAAAAAACCCUCCAAAUGGCACUGAGCUCUGCCCCAGCAAUGUUCAGUGUUCCACCACACAGUGUGGGAGAGCCUUUCCUGCCCACAAACACAUCUUCCCCUGUGACCUACAUGUGCCCUCAGUGAGCCCACAGCCACCCCUCACAUGCUCUUGUCACCUUUGAGAAUAGGAGCUCCUGUGCUGGUUUUGCACAGCCUGGUUUUUGGUGGGUGGGGGCACAGAGGUGACUGCUCUGAGAAGUUGCCAGAAGCUUCCACCAAGUCUGGCAGAGCCAGUCCCUGAUGGCUCUGAGGAUGG